AUGCGAGGACAAACUGAGACAGCGCUCAGAGGAUUUCUCGAGCUGUGUGGGUCCUCGGUGGCCUUGAACGCUGCAGACCCGGGCGUGGCGCCCGAUGGGCCCCUGCAUCCGGUGAAGCCCUACCUGGUUGACAACAGCACGCUGCAGGCGACGACGAAAGGGCUUGGCUAUCGCUUGAGCACGCAGUUGAACGACAAGGACGACGGCGACGAGCACGCUGAGUGGGGCACGAUCGUGACGGGCACCGACCAAGGGCAGGGGUGGCUGAAGGUGGGGCCGCGGUACCUCCCGUUCUCCCUGGGCGGCAAGUCCGUGCUGAUCAGCCAGACGUUCGACCUCGGCGAUUGA